AUGGAUUAUUCACUGGAGAAUCAUAAAGCUUUCAUCGGAAAGCACGUCUCAGAGCUUCCUACACCGUCACUAGUUGUCAAUCUGCCUGUUCUCAAGACGAAUGUUGAGACUUUACAUCGCGAUGUUGAGAAGCUCGGCAUUGGCUUUAGACCUCAUGUCAAGACAUUGAAGUGUCUUGAGGUGACCCGGUUGAUGAUGGCUGAUGGGAAAUACAGGGGAAUCAUUGCCUCCACCAUUCCCGAGAUUCAAGGUGCUCUACCCCUGGUGAAGGAGGGCAUCUUGGAAUCGUGUCUGUACGGGCUUCCUGUCUAUCCUGGUACGCUGCCUAGGUUGGUUGAGUUGCGAAAAUCGCUACGUAUCAUGCUCAUGGUCGACAAUGAGCAACAGGUCGAGUUUCUCGAAGAGUCACCUUCAAGCAAGCAGCCCUGGGAUGUUUUUAUCAAGCUUGAUGUUGGGUCGCGCCGAGCAGGCGUUGAAGCUAACAGCGCUGCAUUGAACCGCUUGGUAGAGCGCGCGCAGAAGUCGUCUGCCAUUAGUAUCUACGGAUUCUACUGUCACGCGGGUCAUUCGUAUGGAGGUCGAUCGCGAGACGAGGCCGAGAAAACGCUCAACAUAGAGGUGUCGAGCGUCUUAGCCGCAGCUAAGCUUCUGCCCUCUGAUCACCAGCUUGUCAUCUCCGUCGGCAGUACACCAACAGCGCAUGUCGUCGAAAGCCUCAAGGCAUCAAUGCCAGAUAACAUCAAGCUGGAGCUCCACGCAGGCAACUUCCCCUGCAACGAUCUCCAGCAAGUGUCAACUGGUCUUGUGACAGAGACGCAACAAUCCGUGUCUGUAGCGGCUGAAGUAUGCAGUGUAUACCCGGAGAGGAACGAAGCGCUCGUCAACGCAGGAGUAAUCGCGCUGUCGCGUGAGGCCAGCGCCUUUAGCGGAUUCGGCCGAGUGGUGGGCAGUCCGGCGUGGGGUGUGGUCCGAUUGUCGCAGGAGCAUGGGAUCCUGGGGACGAGCGAAGGACGAAAGGUUGACGAGGACUACAAGGUCGGACAAAAGGUUCAGCUGUGGUGCAAUCACGCUUGUAUAGCUGCGGCUGCGUUUUACGUGUAUUAUGUUGUUGAUGAGCAGGGCAUGGUGAGGGACACAUGGAUUCCUUGGAAGGGAUGGUAGGGAUU